AUGGGCGGCAGUCCGAGCAGCAUCGCAAGCUGCCUCGACCGCAUCUGCGUCGGCCGAAUGGACUGCGUUGCCCAUCGCGGUGACUGGUUGUACCAGGCCCAAUGGGUCAAGCCCUACAACCUCGACAUGCCCGUCACCCCGGCCGCAGUCAUGCGUCCCAGAACGGCGGAUGAGGUCGCCAGGGCCAUUCAGUGCGCUGCGUCCAAAAAUGUCCAGGUUCAGGCCAAGUGCAGCAAUUUUGGACUUGGUGGUGGUGAUGGCGGUCUCAUGAUUGACCUCCGGAAUUUCAACCAUUUUUCCAUGGACAACAACACCUGGGAAGCCACGUUUGGCUCUGGCUUUCUCCUCGGCGAGCUGGACAAGCACCUUCACGCCAAUGGCAAUCGCGCCAUGGCCCACGGAACCUGCCCCGGCGUCGGCAUGGGCGGUCAUGCCACCAUUGGCGGCAUCGGCCCCUCGUCUCGCCUCUGGGGUACCACUCUCGACCACGUCGUCCAAGUUGAAGUCGUCACUGCCGACGGCAAGAUCCAGCGCGCCUCCAAGACGCAGAACCCCGACCUCUUCUGGGCCUUGCAGGGUGCUGGCGCAAGCUUCGGCAUCAUCACCGAGUUUGUCGUACGCACCGAGCCCGAGCCCGGCAGCGUCGUCGAGUACACAUACAGCGUCAGCUUGGGCAAGCAGUCGGACAUGGCGCCCCUCUAUAAGCAAUGGCAGGCCCUAGUCGGCGAUCCAAACCUCGACCGCCGCUUCACCUCGCUCUUCAUUGCCGAGCCCCUCGGCGUCCUCAUCACCGGCACCUUUUACGGAACCAUGUACGAGUGGCACGCCUCGGGCAUCCCCGACAAGCUGCCCCGCGGGCCGAUCAGUGUGACCGUCAUGGACUCGCUCGGCAGCCUCGCUCACAUUGCCGAGAAGACGGGCCUCUACCUCACCAACGUGCCUACUCAUUUUGCCAGCCGAUCUCUCGCGCUCCGCCAACAGGAUCUUCUGAGUGAGCAGUCUAUCGAUGACCUCUUUGAAUACAUGGGCAGCACCAAUGCCGACACACCCCUCUGGUUUGUCAUAUUUGACAACGAGGGCGGCGCCAUUGCUGACGUGCCCGACAACUCGACGGCGUACCCCCACCGCGACAAAGUCAUCGUGUACCAGUCAUACUCGGUCGGCCUACUUGGCGUAACGGAUAAGAUGAUCAAGUUUCUCGACGGCGUGCAGGAUAUUGUGCAAAGCGGCGCGCCCAAUGCGCGCACCACCUACGCCGGGUACAUUAACCCGGAGCUCGACCGCAAGGUUGCCCAGCAAUUUUACUGGGGUGACAAGCUGCCCCGACUGCAGCAGAUCAAGAAGCAGUACGAUCCCAACAAUGUCUUUCGCAAUCCUCAGAGCAUUGAUCCUGCCGAGGACAUGAGUGAUGGAUGA